AUAACAUGACCAGAUUAAACGGAUAAAACCAGGCACUCUUCAACACAUGGUGAAAAUGAAACAUCUGCAUCUUUGAAUGCUUAAAAUAAGCCAAAAGUAGAUCACAGACCCUUCAAGAUUUACAGAAAUCAUCUAAUUAGUCCAUAUCGUCCUUUUCUCUUCACUCUUGCCCUUCUCCAGUCAAAACCGCCAUGUACGGUAGUGCCCGAUCCGUGGGCAAAGUGGAGGGCAACCACAGUGGUGGGAGCAAUCAGAGUCCCGGCCGCUCGCCCCAUCUCCCUCGCUCGCCCCGUCUGGGCCACCGCCGCACCAACAGCACAGGGGGCAGUGGAGCCGGCGCAGGAGGUCCAGGUGGUAAAACCCUUUCCAUGGAGAACAUCCAGUCUUUCAACGCUGCCUAUGCCACAUCCGGCCCCAUGUACCUGAGUGACAACGAGGUGGUGGCGUCCGGCCCGGACCUGCCGAAGAGCACCAUGACGCUGGGCCGCUCGGGAGGACGGGUGCCUUACGGCGUCCGCACGACUGUCAUGGGAUCCAGCCCGAAUAUCUCCACCGGGGCUCCCGGCUCCAUUUCCACCGAUGCUAUCGCUUUCGGAGACCACCAUAUGCCUUCCACCCUUGCGUCCACUGUGCCUCAUUCGCUGCGCCAGGCGCGGGACAACACCAUCAUGGACCUGCAGGCCCAGCUCAAGGAGGUGCUUAGGGAGAACGAGCUUCUGCGGAAGGAGGUGGAUAUGAAGGAGAGCAAACUCAGCUCUUCCAUGAACUCCAUUAAGACCUUCUGGAGCCCUGAGCUGAAAAAAGAGCGUGCCCUGCGCAAGGACGAGGUGUCGAAGAUCACUGUGUGGAAAGAGCAGUACAGAGUCGUCCAGGAGGAGAACCAGCAUAUCCAGAUGACCAUCCAGGCCCUCCAGGACGAGCUGCGGAUCCAGAGAGAUCUGAACCAGCUGUUCCAGCAGGACUCCAGCGUUCGUCCUGGCGAGCCCCUGACCGCCGAGCUGACUGAGGAGAACUUCCAGCGGCUGCACGGUGAGCAUGAGCGGCAGGCCAAGGAACUCUUCCUCCUGAGGAGGACUCUGGAGGAGAUGGAGCUGCGAAUCGACACGCAGAAACAGACACUGUGCGCCCGAGACGAGUCCAUCAAGAAGCUCCUGGAGAUGCUGCAGAGCAAAGGGCUGUCGGCCAAGGCCAACGAGGAGGACCACGAGCGGACACGGAGGCUGGCCGAUGCCGAGAUGCAUAUCCAUCACCUGGAAAGCCUUUUGGAGCAGAGAGAGAAGGAAAUGGUCUUGCUGAGGGAGGAUCUCCACCGACGAUUUGAGGGAGCUCCAGAAUCUGCCAAAACCAAGGCCCUACAGACUGUCAUUGAGAUGAAGGAUUCUAAGAUCAGUUCUCUGGAGCGCAGUCUGAGUGACCUGGAGGACGAGAUACAGAUGCUCAAGUCAAACGGGGCUCUCAGCACAGAGGAGAGAGAGGAGGAGAUGAAACAGAUGGAGGUCUACCGCAGUCACUCCAAGUUCAUGAAGAAUAAGGUAGAGCAACUGAAGGACGAACUGGCACAGAGCGACGCUCAGGGCGAGGAGCUGAAAAAGCAGGCGGCUGAGCUGCAGCAAGAGAUUGACCAGGUGAAGCAGGAUCUCUCCAGGAAGGACACUGAGCUCUUGGGCCUGCAGACUAAACUGGAGACGCUCACCAAUCAGUUUUCUGACAGCAAACAGCACAUUGAUGUGCUCAAAGAGUCUCUCUUUGCCAAGGAACAGCGUGCUGCCAUCUUGCAGACUGAGGUCGAUGCUCUGCGUUUACGUCUGGAGGAGAAGGAGGCUACGCUUAAUAAAAAGAGCAAGCAGAUUCAGGAAAUGUCAGAGGAGAAGGGCACACUGAAUGGAGAAAUUCACGACCUCAAAGACAUGCUUGACGUCAAGGAACGCAAGGUCAACGUGCUGCAGAAGAAGAUUGAGAACCUGCAGGAGCAGCUGAAGGAUAAGGAGAAGCAGAUGACCAGCUUGAAGGAGCGCGUCAAAUCCCUGCAGGCAGACACUUCAAACACGGACACGGCCCUCACCACGCUGGAGGAGGCCCUGGCUGAGAAGGAGCGUAUUAUCGAGCGUCUUAAGGAACAGAGGGACAGAGACGAGAGAGAGAAGAGCGAAGAACUGGACAGCAGCAAGAAAGAGCUCAAAGAGCUGAAAGAGAAAGUCAACUUACUGCAGGGAGAGCUGUCCGAUCGCGAGGGCUCUCUAUUGGACCUGAAGGAGCACGCCUCGUCCCUGGCCUCCUCUGGACUGAAGAAGGACUCCAAGCUGAAGAGUCUCGAAAUCGCUCUUGAGCAGAAGAAAGAGGAAUGCACCAAACUUGAUAGUCAACUCAAGAAGGCUCAGUCUGUUGCGGUUGAGGCUCAGGCAAAUGCAGGACUGUCGGAGCGCAUUGCCACACUCGAGCAGGAGGUGGCGCGUUACAAGGAGGAUGCUGGGAAGGCACAGGCCGAGGUGGACCGGCUCCUGGAAAUCCUCCGAGAGAUGGAGAAUGAGAAGAACGACAAGGAUCGCAAGAUCAGCGAGCUGGAGAGGCAAAUGAAAGACCAAAGCAAGAAGUUUGCCAACCUGAAGCACAAAGAGCAGGUGGAGAAGAACAAGAACGCUCAGUUGAUGGAAGAGGCUCGUAAGCGAGAGGAUAACAUCAACGAGAGUUCUCAACAUAUCAAGGAUUCUCUGCAGCAGAAGGACGAGCGCAUCGAGGAGCUGGAGGAGGCCUUGCGUGAGAGCGUUCAGAUCACGGCUGAGAGAGAAAUGGUGUUGGCACAAGAGGAAUCUGCUCGUGCAAACGCAGAGAAACAGAUGGAGGAGCUGUUGGCCGCCAUGGAAAAGGUGAAGCAAGAGUUGGAGUCCAUGAAGGCCAAGCUGUCGUCCACCCAGCAGUCCCUGGCGGAGAAGGAGGCUCACCUGACCACACUGAGGGCAGAGCGCAGAAAGCACCUGGAGGAAGUGCUGGAAAUGAAGCAGGAGGCGCUGUUGGCAGCCAUCAGCGAGAAGGACGCCAACAUCGCUCUUCUAGAGCUGUCGUCCUCAAAAAAGAAGAAGACUCAAGAUGAAGUGGCUCUGCUGAAGAGGGAGAAAGACCGGCUGGUACAUCAGCUCAAACAGCAGACGCAGAACCGCAUGAAGUUAAUGGCUGAUAACUAUGAGGAUGACCACCUCAAGGCCUCCAAUUCUGACCAGACCAAUCACAAACCCUCUCCAGAUCAGAUUAUCCCCCCACUCAUAGACCUCAAUCAGAACCGCAGUAAGCUGAAACUGUACAUCGGCCACCUCACAGCCCUGUGCCACGAGAGAGACCCCCACAUCCUGCAGAACCUGGCCCCGCCCUCCGCAUACCACCGCAGCCAACAGGACGCCUGGGAGGAGGAGCUUCAGAAGAUGAGCCCCGAACAGCUGGAAUCCGAGCUGGAGCAGUGUGAACGAGAGAGUGCCGAACUGCAGGAAUACGCAAACUCCGUCCUGCAACAGAUUGCCGAUCACUGUCCGGACAUCCUGGAGCAGGUGGUCAACGCUCUAGAGGAGUCCUGCUGACCGGACCAGAUCACGGAGCCGAGCCCUGCCUCCUCCUCCUCUUCCUGCUUCUCCUUCCCUUUCUUCUGUGUUUCACUUGAUUUCACAGGAUGCCAGCCCACAAACUCUCUCACCCUCACCCACAUGCACAAAUCAAAGGACAGACACAUACGGGAAAGACUGACAGCUCACAAGUCAAGUGCACGCUUGGAUUGGCUUCGGGGUGUGGGAAUGAUGGGCUUUCCUUCUGCCAUCCCCUACCACCACAUUCAUCCUCUCCGCACCUUCAGAAUCCUGUUUACGCUCACAUAAACAUGGGGAGGAAGAAACCGAAAGGGGGAAAUGGGCAGCAUGGAAGCUUAGUAUUAUAAGUCAUGUUCACUCAUUUAGUUGUCUGUCUUGAAAACCCAUCCUGCAGGAGGUGAAGUUCUCUCUGCGAGGGUCAGGAAAUAGUCUCCUUAUCUUGAUAUAUACUAUUGCCACAGCUUUUAAAAGCUGCAGGAUUUUGAAACCGUUUUGAAGCAAUUUAGAUUUUUCCCCCCUCCUCCUCUCCCUUUUUCUAGAUGCUUUGUUACUGAUGUUAAAUUAUGGGUCAUUCGCGCAGGGCAAAACUCCUGCACUCUCGAACCAUCUGGUUUCACUCAAAAUUUGGUUAAUGCUCCGGUUGUGCCAGCAGACAGUCCAUGCGGACUUAAACAUACUUUUACUAUCGUAGUCAGUAGCGGGUUUAGAUUACUGCAACCCCCUACCAUCUGGGAAUUUACUAUUGACUCGGUUACUGGCCGAUUUCCUCCCGAAGUCUCGUUCAUAAAAGUUCCGAAACGGACAAUAUGGGUAAUGUUAUCCCGCAUGCACCUGUCACCAUCUAAAGAAACCACAGACCUGGUUUAUGUCUGUUAAAGGUGAGAGGAAGAAAAUUAUUUGCCUUGGAAGUUGUAGGUUUAUUGCUGCUAACAUUUGUCUUUGCAUGUGGCAGGUUUGGUUCGGUUAUGUUUUUCUUUUUUCUCGUGGCCGGCUCUCUGAUGCCGAGGGCGGUAAAACAGAGGGUGUAUUGCCGACACAGAUGUUGUGGACGCAGAAGUGCCUCAUCAUCAGAGAGCAGCUGCCACACAUCACUGGAAUAGGAAAAUAGGCACCUAUCACUCAUUCCGUACUUUGAAAACUAUGUGGUCUCACACUGGGAUGAAGACUGGCAGUAGUUUCUCAGUUUGCUCAAUUUUCUAAAGCAAAGAGUUGGAGACUACGGGGUUUUUCUUGACGGAUAAGGUCAAAUAAGAGUAGCUGUUUAGAUACCCUCCUCUUUUAUUCCACUCUCUCUUUUUUGGAACAGUUGGAAGUUGUUUUUUGCGGUUGCUUUGUGAGAUAUCAUCAAGCUUUGAUCACAAGCAUCUCGCAUGUACCAUCAUGCACCUCUCUUUCUCUUUGCUUGGCUUCAUAUCAUCAUCCUCAGACCAGGGCGUCUCUGUUAGCACAGCCGGCAGGUGUAUCCUCUUUCACUUUAUGGUUAUAUGGGUCUUUAUCCGAUGGCAUUGGGUGUCCGUUUCUGGACCGGCCACAGGAGUGAUAAGACACAACCUCAUUCAACUUGUGAUAAACGUGUUUGCCUCAUAAGACAGAUCGGCCAUUGCUUUAAAACCUCACAGACAAGACAAGCAGCACGAGAUCACAGCGAAUAUAAUCAUCUCUCUCUCUCUCUCGCACGCUCCCAUAUCACCAUACCACCUCUCCUCAUGCUCAUACACACUAGUUAUGAGGGAACCUGCCACGUGUUGUUGGGC